UGUUCAUAUCAUGAAUCACCCAGUGGCCAUGAGAGCAGUGAAAGAGAAAGCAACAGCAAUGAACAAAAUAAUGUUUGUUCAUUAUCUGUGCCACUAGAAUUAGCACAAGGGAACCUUGCAGGUUUUACAGAAGAAAGUUUUAAUUCAUCACUGCUAUCGGUACAAAACGAUCCUGUACAAUCUAUGUUGAAUGUAAAUGAAUCAUUAUUGUCAGUACCGGAGCAGGUACUAGAUGCAUCUUCAUCACUAAUGCAUAAUCGAACUGUCCUGUUUGGUUUAACAGAUUCGGAUGAUGAAUCUUUUAAUGAUACAUGGAUACACGAAGCAAAUGAAGAAUUAUUUGAAAGAAGUGGUAAUGAUAAUGACAGCGACAACGAUAGUGACGACGAUGAUGGAAAUAUCUGUCAACAGUUCAACGAAAUAGAAAACGAAUCAACGGCUGCCUUAGCACAUGACGUUUGUUUUAGUAGAUUAGUAAAAAUGUUACAAAAAGAUGAAAUGAAUUUCACAAUUAAUGUGCCAAUAACAGUGAGUAAAGCAGAAAUGUUACUUACAGUGCUAAAGUAUGGGUUAACAUAUAAUUUACCACAAUCUGCCAUAGCUGACUUAUUUAAAAUGUUAAAUAGUUUUUUGGGAUUGUCGAUAUUACCAGAUACGCGCUAUCUUAUUGAUCAGAUAUUUAACUCAAAUGAAAACAUUGAAUACCAUGCUGUUUGUCCAAAUUGUAAAAAAUACGUUAAAAAAUUUAAUCGAAAAGAUCGUUGUUGGGGAUUCCCCCAAUUUAGCAAU